UGAUCAAAUUCAAAAUGCAGUGAAUUAUUGUACACAAAUUGUAAAUAAUAAUGUUAUGGGUGAUGAACGAGUUGGUGAGUUGCACAAUGAUGAACCUUCCGAGCAUGAGUUAACAGACAGUGAUGAUAUGUAUGACGAUGAUGAUGAUAAUGUGGAUAAUGCACCUAAUGCGUCCGUUGAAGAUCAAAGUAUUAAUUAUCAUUCUACAUCGAUUCCAUACUUAGAUCAAACUGAACAAAAUGCAGAAGAUUUUAUCUACACGAGAGAUGACGGUUCCAUUCGAACGGCACUUUGGAAUUCAAACAAUCCUAAACAUAUCCAGUCAGGUAUGUUAUUUAUGAAUAAGAUGCAAAUGAAAUCUGCAGUAAGAGCAUAUAGUCUUGCUAUUAAAAAAGAAUUUCUUUUUGAUCAAUCCAAGAGUAAAAGUUGGAAAGUUAUUUGCAAGCAUCAUGAGUUAGGGUGUGACUGGAUGAUUCGGUUUAGAGAGCGGUAUGUGGAAGACAGGAAAAAUGAUUGA